AUGGCCGAGAAAAAGCAAGAUCUGCAAGAUACGCAGCGUUAUUGGGUUCGUAUCACCCUGACAUCUGUGGCCGUGAAACCCUUGGAAAAAGUUGCUGAAGAUGUGAAAAUGCGGGCUGAGGACAUGAAUCUUAAACUCAAGGGUCCUAUUCGCCUUCCAACCAAGACUCUCAGAAUUACCACUCGUAAAACUCCAUGUGGCGAGGGCUCCAAAACCUGGGAUCGCUACCAAAUGCGUAUUCAUAAGCGCAUUCUGGACCUUUACACCACUUCUGAAACUGUUCAGCGAUUGACUCUCUGUGAUUUGGAUCCGAUGGUUCGUGCUGAAGUCAAGAUUGAGGGAGGCAGUACGUGA